AUGACGCUGGUCUGUGUUGGGUUUGUGUUGAUCAUCUUUAUGAAAUCUACAGAAGGAUUAUCUAUAACUCAGGAUCCUACUUUGAUCAUCAAGGACUAUGGCGACUCUGUGAAAGCAGAAUGCUGGCAUAAUGACAGCACUUAUUAUUAUAUGUACUGGUAUAAACAGGGCAUUCUGGGUCAGAUUGAGCUUAUUGCUCUGUCUAUUGGGAAAGGAAUGUCUCAGAUAGCAGCACCAUUCAAUGAGUCGAAAUACUCCAUGACCCGUGUGGAGGUGAAGCACGGGAUUCUAGAGAUCCAGAAGCUGGAGGCUGAAGAUUCAGCUGUGUACUUCUGUGCAGCGAUCGGAGUGGAUGCUGAAGAUACUGUAACCUCUCUUCUCUUUGAUCAUCACUGGAGGAGGAUCCUUAAAUCUCUGUGCUCAAACUUGCCAGCAUACUUCGGGCCCGGAACCAAAAUCACAGUUCUAGAUCCAGGCCGUAACAUCUCUAAACCCAUAGUCAAGUUACUGAAUCCUUCAAUAGAAGAAGAGUGUACGGAGAAGCGGGUCACUCUGGUCUGCCUGGCUGAAGAUUUUUACCCUGACCACAUCGAUCUGGCCUGGUAUAUAGAUGAUAAAGAAGAAUCCACAGGAGUUGCAAAAGAUGAUUCUGCUAAACUAAAUACUGACAAUACAUACAGCAUCUCCAGCAGACUGAGCAUCCCCUUUAAAAAGUGGAAUCAAGGCAAUACAUACACAUGCAAGCUCACCUUCUACUACCCAAACAAGACCAGCGAUGGCACAUAUAAAGCUGAUCCUGUGACAAAACUGGAAUCUUUAACAGCACCAAAACGGGACAACCCUUCAGACAAAGCAGAUAAAUACACCAGACAGGGAAGAACCACAAUGGUGGCCUAUGGUUUGUUCAUUGCUAAAAGUGUCCUGUACGGCCUUUUCGUCAUCGUGAUCGUGAGACGACAGCGUUUUGUUUCGAAGUAGAAGAGCUCAGACUGGAGUGAUACGAAGCGUCCCAGGACAGAAGAGGACCCAGUGUUAGCAUCACGUUAACACAAACCUUGUGUAUAAAGGCCUGCUUAUUAUAUACUGCUUAAGUUUGAUUAUAUUAUACUUAUGUUAUUUGUCAGCAGAUGUAUGUUCUAAAUAUAUUAGUACACUUUUAAAACUGAAGAUGCUUUAGGGGCUUAGAAUAGCUCAGCAGGAUCGUAAGUCUGAGUUUAAGAGAGAGGAAAAUUGGCCUUGCUUUCUUUCUAGGUGGGUAGAGAGAAAGCAAGCUCUUUGCUAUCUUACACCCCGUCAACAGUCUAUUUUCAUGCCUUGCAUCCGAGACCGCAAAGGGCCGCGCUGUUAAGAUACAAACGCGCCAAAGUCAGAGCGCAGGUUUGUCUUAAAGGGAACGGCAAGUGAAACACUGAUUGGUUAAUUUCACGAUACGCCCAAAACACACCCAUGAUUAAUUAAGAGAAUUAGUUCAUGCCUUUUGCACAUUUCUAAGUGCUCAAGGCAUAUUUUUUUGCACUCUCACGAUACCAAAGACACACCGACAUGCCCUAAAUCCAGCUACAUAAUCCACAGUUGACUGUUGCACUAUAGAUCGCUAAAAUAGGGCCCUAUGGGUUUGAUGUUGGCUGGCACAGUCAUCUAUUAGCUAAUGAAUUGGAGCUGGGGAUCCAGCGCUUUCCUCUGUGUUGGUUGGCUACUUAGUGAUACUGCCCUGGCAGCAGUUCAAAAAGAGGCGGAGGCUUUAACUUCACAUGUAUUGGAGGAGGCAUGAGCUUUUCAUGACCCUUUUAGUGUCUGAAACAUUGUAAGUGGGUGAGUAAUAAGUAAUUGGCUUUAGCAAAUUGGAGAAAAAAUUGGUUAAAUAAAAUUUCAUAAAAAUUGAUAAAAAAGUGGUUCUUGAAAUAUUUCUAUUAAGAACCAUGUUUUAAAUAAAAAUGUCUGUGAAGCAUUUGUGAGUCUAAAGAAAAGAAUCCUUAUGUGAUAUAAAGGUUUUAUUUUAUUUUACUUUUAACAAAUUUAAAGAUUCAUCACAUUUAAAUCUCGAUAUUGGUUCUUGGUUUAAAAAACACCAAAAGCAACUUCAUUUUUAAAAGUGUACGCCUUGCUUGUUGUAUAAGGUUAACAUAGAUAUUAAUACAUGUUACUGUCUGUAAAAACAAAACAAAAAAAAUCUAAACUUUUGCAACCAGUAGUUACUGGCUUAUGUUCCCCACUGGUAUAACUUGGGAACAAUUCAACAACAGCCAGUUUGCAUUGCUUUUUGCACGUGUACAGUUAGCAAAAAUUAAUACGUUUUAAUAUAAGUCAUAGGGCAUAAGGGGUUGAUGAGGGGUUAAUGUAUCAAAUCAAAUCAUUUAUCAUACAAAAAAAUGCUAGAUUUAAAAUGUCAACAUUGGAAAAAGUUUAUUUUUACAGCUUCAAAAUGGCCUUUUUAUGAUGUGUUACUCUUUAUAAUCAUUAUACAAUGUUUUAUUUUAUAUUUUAUCACUGUUUUCAAAGCUUCAUUCGAUAUCUUGCUGUUAUCUUGAUAGCUGUAUAUUCUUCAUUAAACAAAAAAAAGAAAUAAAAUAAAAUGUAUAUAUGUAUAUAAGUGUGUUUAUGUGUGGAUCUUUUAAAUGUGAAUCAUUUGCAUGUCAAGGUC